AGGCAAACAUGAUACACGAGAUGUUUGAGAUGAUUGCCGUUAUCUCACAGCUACUCAUUGGUUAUUCUUACUUUUCCCUUGAUAACGGCCGUAAUAUAAGCCAGGUGUCGAGAUAAGGAGUUAGUCGAGUGAAAAUGUACAGACUAUUCGCAAGCACGGCCGUCGGCCUUUUUGUCGCCAUCGCGGUCAACGUUCUCGUGCCGCAGCCUGUGGCCGCAGUCUCAUGCGGACAGAACCAGAGCCACAACGCUUUCUUCGGGCAAAGGCAACUCGGAGAUCGGUUGCUUUUCACGAACCACCCUAAAGUUGACUACAAACUGUGGAGAGUGGUCACCUACGACGUCGACUACAAGAUCCCACCGACGACCCCCAAUUAUGUCAUCUCGUACGUCGAAGCUCUCGACCAGUUCACGGACCACAACGGUGGCUGCGCUAUGCUCCAGAGCGGUGGAGUCGGAUCCGACUACGUCAAACUUCACCUCAAAUCGCAAAGAAACCACGGCCUCGAUUUUGUCGUUAGGGUUUAUGCAGCAAAACGUUAUUAAACUUGCACGUUAUUAAAAGAAGCAUUGUAUAAUCAA